AUGAAUUCAAAUAACAAGACUGAUUAGAGCUGCUAAUAAACAACUAAUUGGGAGGAAUAAACUUUUGAAAAAGAAUUUUACUCUUUCAAUAAAUAAAGCUAUAAUAAUGAGAAGAAAAUAAUUUAAAUCAAGAUCACCUCAGAUUAAAAAAUCAUCUAUUCAUAAAAUGGUUAAAACUUGAGAUUGUACAUUUAAUUUAAAACUUAAAUUUAGAGUAGAAUGCCAUAAUAUCUUUGAGUAACCAGAAAUAUUUAAUAAUUUGGAUCAAAUCCGCAAACUUUCAUGGUAAGGUUAGUUAGAUAAAAACAAAAAGAAAGAUGGUAAAUGAAUAGCAUUUUG